AUGAAGACGAUUGUCUUCAUUUUGGCAAUAUCCGUUGCUGCUGUUGCUUCACUCCCACGGCAGCAGGAGCGGAUAGUUGGGGGAUCAGUAGUCGCGAUCAACUCGUACCCGUUCGCCGUGUCCCUUCAGCUUACUCGGAACAAUGUCAACUUUAACCACCAGUGCGGCGGCACCAUCCUCAACAACAGAGCUAUGUUCUCGGCAGCUCACUGCUGGGUGACCAAUCCUGUUGCAAACAGAUAUCGUGUCCGCUCCGGCUCAACCAAUAGAGGCAGCGGUGGUUGGUCGCACAACGUGGUCCAACUCUUCGGUCACCCGCAGUACAACAAUAGGAACCACGACAAUGACGUUGGUGUUGUCAGAGUAUCACCGGCCUUCCAGAUUGGUGCUGCCACUGUGCGUGUUGGAGCCAUGGCUGGACCCAAUCUCGUUGUACCCGACAACGCAAACGUUAUUGCUCUCGGUUGGGGAUUAACGAGUACUAAUGGAGCCGGCUCAGAACAACUACGUCACGUCGGAAUUCGGACGGUCAAUCAAGCUAGAUGCAACGCUGACUUUGGAGGUAUUAUCACUGCAAACAUGCUGUGUGCCACCUGGCCAGGUGGUGGUAGAGGCACGUGCUUCGGCGACUCUGGUACCGGUCUCGUCUGGAACAACGUGGUGGUGGGCAUAAGCAGUUUCAUUGGCUGGGACGGAUGCGGGUCUGCGCGCUGGCCUUCCGUCUUCGCAAGAGUUUCCCGAUACAAUGCCUGGAUACGAAACCAUGCUUAA